AUGAAGUGGGCAGUAAUAUUUAUAUUCGUUCAGCUGGUGCACCACAUUGCGGGCGAACAAGACUAUGUGGUAAACAAUGAGCAGCUCGAAUCUUUCGACGGCGACUCGGAGACACUUGUGCUGUUUGACAGUCUAAAGACCGUGGGACGAGAACGCAUGAUCAACGGUUCGUUUUCCUUUCUGGGCGACAUGGAUAACGAUGACUUUAAGGUUUCUGUGGAGCUUUAUAGCAGUCCCAAAAGCGACGGGGAUUUCAAGCGCAUGGUUUUCGAUGUGCCGCAGACCAGCAUUUGCGAAUGCUUCAAAAAGUUCUAUGUUCAGUUCGUGCAGCCUUCAGUCAGCGACGGCGACACCACAAAUUUUCCAAUUGUGGGCGAGGAUACCUGUCCAAUACCGAAGGGAGAGUAUUACAUCAAAAAUGUCUUAUUCAAUACCCAAGAUUGGCCCGAGCAAGUGCCACGCGGCAUGGUCAAGGCCAUAAUAACGUUCUUUACCGGUGGCAAGAAUGUUGGUGGUUUCAUAGUGGUCGUGAAUAUUUCAGAUCGUCAAUAGACGCCUUGAUACAUACUUUUAUACAAUUUCUGCACAAUUUAUUAUUUUAUUUGAUAAACUUGCAAUAAAGGUCUUUAAA